AUGGCUGAUCCUGUUAUCUCACCCUCGCAAAAGCGACACGGAUUGAUCUUCCGCCGUCGUUCACCUUCUGAAACCAUCAUCACCGCUCAGUUUCCCGAUCCAAGAAACGGCGGCCUUCCGCCUAACAAUGUUUCCAUAGCUAGUUCACAUGCACUCACAUCCAAAUCAGAUCCUCUACCAAAUACCAAAGCACCACCUCAGUCCCCCCCUCAACACCGCCAACAUAUUGAGCGAGCGCAAUCUUCAGAGUAUUUCCUCGAGGUUCAGAAGAGGCAGCCCCUUCGAGAAGCGCAAAGUCGGAGAUCAAAAUUCAACACCACCAUUCACACCGAUGCAACAGGAGCCCAGCCAGCGUUUGAGAGCGAUGCGUUUACCGUCGAGAUGCCCACCACCCGCGAGCCGAUCAUAGAACGCCCUGUAUUUCGAGCCAAGAUCCCCAAAGUACUUUCGCCGUCCAAGGCGCAAGUCGAAGCUUUGGAAACUUAUAAGAAGAAGGCGCGACAAGUCCGCGAGAGGAACAACAGCACUGGCGUUCGUGUCCCCUCCAAGCUCCUGUCGUACGAUUAUGCAUAUGCCAGUCAAGUUGAAAGUUCAUCGGAUCCCACACCUUUGCAGAAGUAUAUCGAUUCGAUGGCACCCUCCAGUCCUCCUCGAUAUUCUCACUCACCGGCAGGUUCCUUCCCUAUAAGUCCACCAAUUCCUCAGACUUCGUGGCUACAAGCCGGUAUAACAUCAGAGGCGCGGGACUCGCCAACCACAUCACCAACUGUGGUCAAAAUACAAGGAGCAAGAUCUAUCAACGGUUCAAUGAAAUCCACCGAUUCGUCAGGGACGCGUAUACUAGGAAAUAUAGCCUCUUCGCGAUCUGCAGGGCAACCAGCCAUGCAAGAUCAUCACAACUUCGAUCGUCACGAUACAGCUUCAGGCGCGAUAUGUCACACUUCCACCACACGACCAACCAAAGAGACAAUCACUGCGCGCUUGGUGCCAAAAUCCACCACUGCCUCUACAGUCGCCAAACGCACAAGAAGGAAAGAGGAACCCCAACCAUCGAAAGAGCCCUACCGGGGCCUCCACACUUCUAAACCAUCGCCCUUGCCCAUGUCCUCACGCUCUCCCAGCCCCAACAAACCAACCCCUAAAUGUGUCUUCACUGCCGCCAAAAUCACCGACACCGUUCCAGGAGGCGACGCCAUAUUUGGUUACCCCAACUCCAACAUCACACACACACCCGCCGGGUCUUCCAACGCAGCAGCAGCAGCAGUAUCAACGACCACAAAACGGGUCCCGUUCCAAACCCCUUCCACACCCACAAAAACCCGCCUCCGUCAGCAACCCUCCAUACAGACACCACCCAGGAAAGACCACAUCGGCAUCCUCCCCAAGAAAUGGGGCGCCUGGCUCCGUCCCAGUGGGCCUCGAAUCGCGAAACCAAUCACUACCACAUCUACACCUACAUCUCCCUCGUCAUAUUCUGCUUCGGCAAAAGAACUCCAUUUCCAGCGCCAGAUUAACAAUGCUACUUCCAGUGCUGAAGAUCCGGUGACUCCGAAAAAGACGACGACGACGACGACAUCGCCGCCGGCAACAUUCAAGAUCCCCACGAGUUUCACUCAAUCGACUUCUUCCACGCCACUGCAGAACCAGAACCAAACUCGCAAACGCGGGAAACUGGCGCGCUCUGCUCCACCACCUCCAUUUCCUUCCUUCCCUGUCGCAGUCGAGUCGCGAGAUCAAACGACGACCACGCCUGUAGUCGUUCCUCCUCCGCCCACAUCCGCAGGCCUUCCAUCGUUCGACACGGGGCUGGCGCAGAUAUCGUAUCUCUUCUCCUGGCUCGUGUAUAUCUGCGUCAUCGUGUACAUCGCUGUAGGAGUGUUUUUUGUGUUGGAUGGGGUGAGGAGGGCGUUUUUGGUGCUGAGUGCGCCGUUUAGGGUUGUUAGGGAUGUUGGUGGUGGAGUGGGGAAAGGUGCUGUGGUGCUUGGGGUGUGGGUUUGGGGGAUGGGGAGAGCUGGGUUGGAGUGAAUU